AUGGUCAAAACCGACAUUGAUCACAAUCCCCUAGAUCCCAAUUACGAAAAGCGCCGCAGCUCUCUGGGAAAUAUGGAGCAUCAACAGCAAGACCAAUCCGAUGUCAAAGAUGAGAAUCUCUUGGUGGACAGAGAAGUUGCCCCAUCUGCCCGUGCAAUGUGCUCAGAACUUGCACACCAACAUGCCUUGGAGGGCCUGAAUAAGAAAACAGGGCGCCGGUCUUCGCAGGACGUAGACCACAAUUCCUUCCUCUCUGAUCUAAGUACCGACCGUGGGCUCCAGGCGCACCCUGAACAACUCGAAGAGUAA